AUGAGGAGGAAAGACGGCACAAUUUACAGCAUGUCCCGGCUCGACCUGUCUUCCCCAGCAGAGAGGAGCUCUUGUUUCCCAGAGGAUUCGUUUCUGAGUGAGAGCUCCCAUGCGAUCGCUGCCAGGCUGACACUGAACAGUAAAACAUCUCUGUUUGGGGAGUAUGCGUGUCUGCUGGUGACAUUUCACAGGGGCAGCCGGAGGAGGCUCUGCGUCGGAUACACUGAAGCUUUUCUGAUGAAAAAUGCUAAAGUCAAGCUGUGUUUACAAGCCAGCCCGAUGAAUGGGAAUUUACUGCUGGAGGACUGUAAUCCAGAGUCAGAUUUCCAGGACUGGUCUUGGAGCCAGGGCUACCUGGUGGCAAACAGGAAAGGAGUCGCUCUCAAUAACGUGAGAGGCGUGAAGGCCCAAUGGCAAGAUUUUGCAGACAGGAGCGUGUGCGAGGAGAAAGCAGCCGAGGCAGAGCAAGAGAGGUACUUCCCUGCAGCCCUUGCCAGCACACGUGUGUAUGACCACACAGCAGGCAACGCCACCCUUGCGCUGGGCAUAGAUCAAGAAGAGCUGGAACAGCUGCUCUGGUUCUUCCGCAGCGAAGACUCAUCAACGUGGAAUUACUCUGUCCUUGCACUUUCCUUCAUGGCCAUGAUUUUGGGUCUUUUCCUUCUGGCCAUUAACAUUGUGCGAAACAGGAGAAGGAAGAUCGAUGCGUAUAGAGAAGCAGUGGAAACCACUCAGCAGGCUGAGCUGGAAGUCAAGCAAAGCCUGAUGCCUGUGCAGGAAUACAGCCCCGCUGAGCUGCAAAAGCAGGAGCCGGUGCUCCAGGAUCAGAGACCAGGAGACGUGAUGGUCCAGUGGAAGGACGGGACCGUCACGUCUCUGUACACAGAGAUCUGA